GCCUUGUACUAGUAUUGCUCGCAACGGAAUUAGGGCCUGUUUCCGCUUCAACUAGAGAAUCUAGUUCACCUUUAGAUUCGACCAAUCCGCCUGAUGUACGGAUACUUAAUCCUAGGCCGGACUUAAGGUUUCUUCUAGGCUAGCUACAGGAUGAGCUAACCCCAACGCUGUAGUACCAGCCUUUAAAAUAGAAAGGCACGAGACAAACCCCACGUAGUUAGUUCCGCGCACUACUAACUGCCUCGGAGUCUUAGGCGAAGUGCGGGGUAGUUAGUUACGGGGCUAUGGAUAGUUAGCUGCUGGAGCUGUGUAUUUUAACUCAUACAACAUCGCCAGAGAUUUCCAUUCUCUGUACAAAUAGCUUCCACUUUACUACCAUGGCAGCGGACCGCCUGCUGGGUGCUGCGCCCGUAGCUUGCGUGUCCUGCCGCAGGCUGAAGAUGAGAUGCAUUGGCGCUGCCAAUCCGCCGUGCGCCCGCUGUGUUAAGAGCAACCGCGAAUGCAUGGUCCAACUCCCAAACCGUCAGCAACGUCACUUGCCGCCGUCCAGUUCCAAUGCAGUGACUUCACCUAAUCCUCUCGUUGAGCAUACACCAUCGCCAGGAGUCAGUCAUGAGUCUGCAUCACUCGCUGUACGAACAGAGGCUGCUAGUCAGCUUCAGGAACCAUCUCCAGGGCUAGCCUCGGAACAGCGGAAUCCAUUACUCUACCAAACGAGUCUGCCGUCCAUAUUUUCCUCGUCACCAAUUACUAUUGCCUCGACAAUGGCCUCUGAGAGUGAUAGCCCUUCCGGUGGCGUGCCUGCUUCUCAUACUAGACUUGAAUUAGAUCAGGUUUCGCAUUCUAUAAUUCUUGACCUGGUCGAAUUCUUUCUCCAGAAAAUGAUCUGCUAUACACCCGUUCUCUCGUUGGAACAGUUGGAUAAUCCUGAGAGUUUGAUCAGCAGCCGGCGGCCUCUUGCAUAUGCCAUGGCAUUUGUUGCAUCAACUCAUAGUCCAGGUUACACUUCAACACGCCUCGCUCUACUUCCACACAUGUUGAAAAUGCUGAAAGAGCCUCACGAUGCCAUAGAUAAUACUCAAAAAGAAAACUGGACUUUGCUGCAAGCUCUGGCCGUUCUUUACGCGUACCCAAGAGUGGCUGCAGUAUCUAAACAGGAUAAAGAAAAGCAGAUGAGUCCGUGGGCUGUCAAGUCUGCGGUGGAGACGUGCGCCAUGCAGGUCUCGCUUCAUCAGUCUGUCGAGGAUCUCAAGGCACUCAUAGAAUCCCGCGAAUUGGACAUAUUGUCGUCGCUGCCGUACCGCUGCGCCUUCUUUUGGUUGUGGCUAUUUGUCAAAUCUCGCCACCACUCCGUCUUGACUAGAACUCCACCUACUAUACCCUAUGACCAGACUAUCGCCUCCACACUGGAUCUCAUCAUGAACUUGGAUCCUUCGCCGGGCGUUUGGAGGGUCUUGGCAGAAGCGGCCCUUCAUCACAAGUGGGACCAAGCUGCUCGUCUUGACAAGAGCUUGCCCGAAUGGUGGUGUGUGCUUCCGGAUAUUAAGGAUGGCGGAGCCUUGCCAGAGCUUCUGGAGAACGUCGAAAACCUGUUGCAAGAAUGGCAUUCCGAGUGGCUUUCGCCUACUGAAAUAAGCUCUCCUAGUAGGAGUUCCGUCGCCUCCAAUUUUCAGGACCCGUCCAUCUUCGCGAAUUCCAUUACUGCCUUCAUGGGUAUUCUGACACGAUUCAACAUCGUUUCUUUUGCAACACCUAUCAUUUCGCAUCAGCUAGUUACCAAAACUGGUCUCGGUAUCUUUCCAUCAAUGACUGCGCAAUCGCCCGAACUAUCUGCCUUUCUCAAUUGCGUGUUAAAGUCAGCAGAUGCAGCCGCUACAUGCUGCGACAGCAUCCUUGACCUUAAGCCCGUAGCGAGGGAACAGUUAAGAUACAUGCCUGACUACGGCUUUACCAUGCUUGCUCUCUGUUGUCUGCAUCUGGUGUAUGCAGACAACAUAUCUCCAGAAAAUUCUACAUUAAAAAGCUAUCUCAUGAAGGCUGAGCGGGUAGCGUCUCUAAUGAUGGACUUGAGCGUCGGGUGCAAUGUAUGCCCGAAGAUCUACGGAGAAUACGUUUCGUUCCAAUUACGAAAUGCACCCCAUAGCUCAACUCAUACAUUCCAUAAUUGCAACGCGGACCAGAUCAUGGCUGAUUCUCAGCGUCUUUCUGUCAGAGGCCACGAAGACUCUCAUUCCUGGCCCCAGCUGGGGCCUACCGGCUCAAACUACCCUCCCCUGGACUACCUGCUCGACAUAAGUCCGAUGAAUGGUUACUGGCCAGCAAUAGAGCUCAAUUCUGAUGGUGCACUACCAUUGAAUUCUGAACUGUUCAGCAUGUUUAAUACAUGAUACGGAGGAACGAGCGUGCCCCGUUCAGAGACAGAUUAUCGCCACCAUGCCGACUCAGAAGCAGGAUCACCACAUUGUAACAACAGAAACCCCGAGGGUUCUCCUCUUCCACCCCUAGCUUUAACUAUACAAUACGUUCUGGCAUCAAUUUGCUAAACAGCCAUUGCAUCUUGACUCACUGCUGCAAGCAAAUCCGAGCUUCCUACGUCAAAGGUGCAAAUUUUGUGAGGCAGAGAAGUGAGUGAGGGACUUCUUCCUGUACAACGAUUACGAAAAUUGCAAGAGCAGCUUCGUUGAUCAAAUUCAGCCAAAAUAAAUACAACCUCUACCAUAAAAUUACCUACAUAACAUGUCUGACAACCACACUGUGCGUCCAUGUUAAUGUUUCGACUCUAUCAAACAACAAGGGUUUGGCUCUGCCAUGAAGUCUCUCCUAACCAGUAAACUCGCAGCUUCUUCGCCCCGCCAUAUUUGACCCCCGUCACACAUACUUUGAACAUUUCUCCAGGUACAAGAUCCAGGCCGUUAUCGUCCCACUCGACAGUGUCUUCGUCCUCGAAGUCAAGAUAGACUCCUUUCAUAGGCACCGACACGGAAAGCUGAAUGAUGGACCCGAUUUCCCCUUCGGUGCAGAAAAGAGACGAAUGGCAAAUGCCAGUUCGUUCCAUUUGUAAUGUGCCUCGCCGCCAAGUCUGGAGUCCAAUAGGGUUCUGCCCAAUUCCGUGCUUCGGUUAGGGUCAAGUUGGAUCUUUGCUGAUACUGUAUGGGUCCAAACGUUCUGCCCUGUCUCGACAUGCCAGGCCUGGAUCUCAUAGUUGAUUGAAACAUGGCGCAACGUCAUAUUGCAAGCCCAUGCUUCUAACUCCAGCGAAUCCCCACUGACUAUACGGGCGAGACCGGCAGUUAUUGGCUGAUUCUCCCGCUUUACUGUCCAAUAUGACAGCUUCGGGCGCAAGUCAGAAUCGGCGAUGGACCAUGAUGAUACCGGCCAGCAGUCGUUUAGUUGCCA